AUGCACCCAGAAUGGCUUCUUCAGAAUGAUGUGACCUCAAGAAAAAUUUUCCCAAUAAUCGAGGCAGAAGAAUAUCUUCAAAAGGAAGAAACAAAAAAACGUCGGGCAGCUAGAAGGAGAAGAAAGGAUCUUCAUAAAAAAAAUAAAGAACGAAGCAGCAUCUUUACCAUGUCGCCGAAAACGGGAAUCUUCAUAGAGAAAAUCCCAACCAAAAAAAUAUCUUCAAGAUGCGCCGAAAGAGGGUACAUCAUGAUAAAGGAAAUGACAGACAGAAAAACAUCUUCACGGAGCCCAGGCAAGAAGAAGCAUCGAUAUAAAAGAGAUUACACAGAACAAUAUAUUCAAAAUACCGCAACAGAGAAGUAUCAUCCGAAUGCGGCGGAAAGAAUGUCUGUUCAUAAAAAAAAUGACUCGCAGAAAAAUUCCUUUGCGGUAACAUCCUAA